AUGGAUUUAACCGUGGAACCUAACUUACACUCUUUGAUUAACUCAACUACUCACAAGUGGAUUUUUGUCGGUGGUAAAGGUGGUGUUGGUAAGACUACUUCUUCAUGUUCCAUUGCCAUCCAAAUGGCUUUGAGCCAACCAAAUAAGCAAUUUUUAUUGAUCUCUACAGAUCCUGCACAUAACUUAAGUGAUGCGUUCGGUGAGAAGUUUGGUAAAGACGCUAGAAAAGUAUCAGGCAUGGACAAUUUGUCAUGCAUGGAAAUCGAUCCAUCUGCUGCUUUGAAAGAUAUGAAUGACAUGGCAGUUUCCCGUGCCAAUAGUAGUGGGGGUGAAGGCCAGGGUGACGAUUUGGGAAGCUUGCUACAAGGCGGUGCCCUUGCUGAUUUGACCGGCUCGAUUCCUGGUAUCGAUGAAGCUUUAUCCUUCAUGGAAGUCAUGAAGCACAUCAAAAGACAAGAACAAGGCGAAGGCGAAACUUUCGAUACUGUCAUAUUCGACACUGCACCAACCGGCCACACGUUAAGGUUCCUGCAACUGCCAAACACUUUGUCCAAGCUCUUGGAAAAGUUCGGUGAAAUCACUAAUAAAUUGGGUCCAAUGCUAAACUCCUUCAUGGGCGCGGGUAAUGUCGAUAUAUCUGGUAAAUUGAAUGAAUUGAAGGCCAACGUGGAAACGAUCAGGCAACAGUUCACAGACCCUGACUUGACAACCUUUGUCUGCGUGUGUAUCAGUGAAUUUUUGUCUCUAUACGAAACUGAAAGAUUGAUCCAAGAACUGAUCUCCUACGAUAUGGAUGUCAACUCCAUCAUUGUCAACCAAUUAUUGUUUGCUGAAAACGAUCAAGAACACAACUGUAAGAGGUGUCAAGCCAGAUGGAAGAUGCAGAAGAAGUACUUGGACCAGAUCGACGAGCUGUACGAAGAUUUCCACAUCAUCAAAAUGCCAUUGUGUGCUGGUGAGAUCAGGGGAUUGAACAACUUGACAAAGUUCUCACAAUUCCUAAAAAAGGAGUACGACCCCGCUGCCAAUGGCAAGGUCAUCUAUGAGCUCGAAGAUAAGGAAUAA